ACCGCAGCACCAACCAAAGCAGAAACCGCAUUUUUCUCCACAGUCCUACCUUUUUCUCCCCCUUCUCUAUAUUCUCUCCGUCACUUUCCUGAGAAAUUUCCACUCAUCGGAGACGCAAAUAAUUCAUCCUCUUAUAGCUAUCCUCCUUGUAGGUAUGAUCGAUUAGACAAAUCCAAGCCCUAAUCCUCAAAAUCAUGGAGAAAAUCGGUGAAAUCGAUAAGAAUGAAGAGGAAGAAGGGGAAGGAGAAGGUGAAAUUGAAUGGCCGCCAUGGCUGGAACCUCUUUUAAGUACGAGCUUCUUCGUUCAAUGUAAGAACCAUGCCGAUUCGCACAAAUCUGAAUGCAAUAUGUAUUGUUUGGAUUGUAUGAACGGAGCUCUCUGUUCUCUCUGUCUUAAUUCUCAUAAAGAUCAUAGAGCAAUUCAGAUAAGGAGAUCGUCAUACCAUGAUGUGAUAAGGGUAUGUGAGAUACAGAAAUUUGUGGACAUAACAGGAGUUCAAACUUACAUCAUUAACAGUGCAAGGAUUGUGUUCUUGAACGAACGCCCUCAGCCUCGUCCUUCUAAAGCUCUCACUAAUAUCUGCCUCGUCUGUCAUCGUUCUCUUCUUGAUUCCUUCCAUUUCUGCUCUCUUGGUUGCAAGCUAAUUGGGACCUCAAAGAAUAAUGGAAAAAAGAUAAUAAAAGUAGUGGAAAAUGAAAGCUCGGACACCGAGAAAUCGAAGACCUCCGGCAGCAACAGAGGAAGAAUACUUAGAAGCAAAAUCCAAAGCUUCUCGCCGUCGACGCCACCGCCCACGGCGGCGACUCACCGAACCGCCAAAAGAAGGAAGGGAACGCCGCACCGGUCCCCGAUGGGAGGACUUCUCUUAGAAUUUUAAAAUAUUUUUAUUUAUAAUUAUUCAUAAAAAGACGAAAAUACCCCUUCCUUACAACCAUCCACCGACACAUAAAACACAUAUAAUUUGAGACUAUCACUAUUUUUUGCAGCAUCCGAGCCUUUGACCAACGGUCAACGGAGGCCGUUGCUGUAAUCAAAUUAAAAAGUUACCAUACACCUUUUACUAUGUAUAGUUGUAUUAUAAAAAAUGUAUUUCUUUAUGUAAUUUAAUAAUAAUUGUAAAAAAACAUUAAAUUAAGUGAGAGGGAAAAAAAAUAAUAACAAUGACGUGUAGCACAUGAGUUUUAAUUA